AUGAAGAAUCUUUAUGUUUUAGCUGGAAUAGCACUGGAGAGCAUACUUUUUGUCAUAGGUGGCCUGGCCAUGAACAGUAGCGAUUUUAUGCUGCAUGAAAGGCAGGAUCCCCCGGGAUUGCUUACUGCAAUAAAGUCUUUUCUUAUGGGAUCAAGAAGCCAAGGCAAAUACAUAGUUACUUCUGAAGAUAAAGCGCCGAAUGCCUUAACCGGGGAGCACAAAAACAUACCGAGCGCGCCGGCCCCAUGUGCCCGAAACGCGCCCACCGGCCAAACUUGCCAAGACGCAUUGGAAAGCCCGCAGGCUUCUGCACAUCCCGGCAUAAACCCGGGUCCACCGGCAUCCCAGCCCUCUACUUCUAUGCCCGGCGCUCCGAACGAAAAAAGCAUGGGCCUGCCUGCAAAAAAGACGCUUCCUAUAUCGCCCAUAUCCAGAUCGCCCACAUAUGUGAAAGCAGAAGUCACGCAAAAAAGCGAAAAAAAAGCAGCUUCCCCAAAGCAGCAGCCACAGAAGCCUGCCCCUUUGCCGCCGUGCAACACUUCCGGCUCCAAGGAAACGCUCAAAGACGCUGGCUUCGCAAAGCCUGUGGAUGCAGAGCAGAUCGCCCAGCACCUCAUCCGAUACAGCAAGCUCGAAGCAGGCGAAGCCUCCAAAAGCAGUAGCACAACGCCGCACGAACACUCGGGCGACCUUCCCUGCUUGGGCGCGCUGUGCAUGGAGGCAGAGAUCUAUCCCAAAAUUUCCGACAUUGCAGCGCACAUAUGCAGCAUCGUAAAGUUUCUGGAAGGCGUUACAAGUCUGGCAGGCCGGUGCGUGUUUUUUGAGUUGGACACUUUGAACAGCAUGUAUGGCAUCGCCAUAGACGCAGUCCUGCAAAAAGACAAAAAAAAGCUUUUUGGAGAAAGACUGGUGGACAACUCAAACCGCAGCCCUUCUCUGGGGCAAAGCGAAGUCGAGAUGAAGGACUUCUUUUUGGGGCAGCUAAGCUCUGGGCUGUUAGUGGAUUGCCGGAAAAAGUUUAUGUUUUUUCUAAGACUCCUGUACAUUGAUGUGGUUAAGUCAGACAUCAAGCUUUCUUUUUUGGCUGCGGUUCCUUUUUUUGAAAGCCUUACAUGGAUAUACAUGAACAAAAAAGGCGCGGAGUGGGAGGGAAAGAGCUGCUGCUUUUGCAUGGCCGGCAAGAAAGGCCAGUCUUUGAUUCUAAAGCAUAUAGACACACACUGGAGCCAGAACGCGCAGGAGGCCGGGGUGUUUCUUUGCCAUGACACAUACCCCAGCAUAUGCGUGACAAAGGAGAGGCGCGAAAUGCUUGCAUGCUUGGAGGGGAUCCCUGAGUGCAGCAACAUAAGCCACGACAUCCCCAUUGCAGACUUAAUGGUGUUCAAGCUGAUAAGCACUAUCAAUGGCCUGAGCCAGAAGGACUGCAAUAUAGAUGUGUACAGGCUUUGCGUCAUUGAUCUGUGCAAGGACUUCUUUUUCAACACAUGCUCGGUGUUUCCUCACGAUACAUGCGCGCAGCACCCUUUGAACGGAUACUUCCUAAACACGCACAAGUACAUGGGGGUUUGCACAAGCUUCCUUGCUAAAAUAGAAGCUUUGAUGCAGUCUCUGGCCAAAAUGUGCGACACAAAAGACAGCGAGUUUUUCUCCAAGUUCAAACACGCUGUGGCAUGCCACGUCCGCUUCCUAGCUGUUUUUAUCAACUACCAAUGCGCAAUACUAUCGCACCAUAGAAGCGACCGCAUGCCAAUGCAGAAGUGCAUGUACAACGAAAUUUUUGGGUCAAUGUACUCGAAACUGUGCGAAGUCACGCCAAGAAAUGUGCACAGUCUAUACAAUGCUGCGUGCAUCCAGCUCGUGCGUGGUGUUUUUGAAAAAACUGCUGAAAGCGCGCCCCAAGAAGAUAAAGGCCCUGAGCACAGCAUUCUUUUAAGAAUCCUAAUACACCCAUAUCAAAACAUUGAGCUCUUUUAUGGAGAGCUUUCCAACCCCGACAACUUUUCCAAGCUCAUAUCCGAAUACAUUUCCUACACCAAAAGUUGCAACAAGCAAAAGCUACUGUCUGUCCUCAAGCAUGUUGCUGAAGUGUAA